AUGGAAGCCAUUGUCAAAGGCCAAAAUGAGAAGAAUAGCCAGUUUCCCAGAAUUAUCACGUGUCCCAAUGAGAUGGUCGCACUCUCCAUGGCGGAUGGCUACGCGCGAUUGACUGGGAAACCUCAAUGCGUCAUCGUACACGUUGAUGUGGGCACUCAAGGGCUCGGAGCUGCUGUGCACAAUGCCUCGUGCGGUCGCGCGCCUGUCCUUAUAUUCGCUGGAUUGUCGCCUUUCACGAUCGAAGGGGAGAUGCGCGGAAGCCGAACCGAGUACAUUCACUGGAUACAAGAUGUGCCAGACCAGAAGCAGAUUGUGGCUCAAUACUGCCGUUAUACCGGCGAGAUCAAGUCAGGCAAGAACGUCAAGCAAAUGGUCAAUCGAGCACUCUCGUUUGCCAUGAGCGACCCAAAAGGUCCCGUCUAUCUUUACGGCGCACGUGAGCCCAUGGAGGAGGAUCUGACCCCAUACAAGCUGGAACUUGAAUACUGGCAACCCGUCGAACCCGCGGCUCUCCCGCCCAGCGGAGUCAAAACCAUCGCCGAAGCCCUAGUACACGCACAGGAGCCACUAGUCAUCGCAGGAUACACAGGAAGAAACCAUGCGGCCGUUGAGCAACUCGUCCAAUUAGCGGACAAUGUCAAGGGGUUGCGUGUGCUGGAUACUGGUGGAAGCGACAUGUGCUUCCCAGCGAACCACCCAGCAUGGCUAGGUCUUCGGUACGGCAAUGACCCUAGCAUCAAAUCUGCUGAUGUCAUUCUGGUCAUCGACUGCGACCUUAACGGAUACCUCGAAUCGCAUCUCAAAGAACAGCUGUCAAGCCAGAUGUUUGUACAGCGAUGGUCUGCCUUGCAAGAGUCGCAUAAACAGAAACUUGAGGCAAUCGCACGCGAAGCCAAGCUCGACGACCAGGGACAUUUUGCAACUCCUUACCUUUGCUCUCAGCUGAAGAAACUGUGUCCUAACGACACUAUCUGGGCUAUAGAGGCAGUUACGCAGACGAGCUUUGUCGCAGAUCAAAUUCAGGCUACACUUCCGGGCUCGUGGAUCAAUUGUGGAGGAGGCGGCCUCGGUUGGAGCGGUGGCGGUGCACUGGGUAUCAAGCUUGCGACCGACACUGCAGGUAAAAAGCAAUUCGUCUGCCAGAUUGUGGGCGAUGGGACAUACCUCUUCUCUGUACCAGGCUCUGUAUACUGGAUCUCACAGCGCUACAAAAUUCCGAUCCUCACCAUUGUUUUAAACAACAAGGGUUGGAAUGCGCCGCGUAGGUCCAUGCUGCUUGUUCAUCCGGAUGGUGAAGGCUCAAAAGUGAGCAAUGAAGAGCUCAACAUUAGUUUCGCGCCCACGCCAGACUAUUCGGGCAUAGCAAAAGCAGCGUCCGGCGGUGAGAUUUGGGCAGCACAUGCAAGCAACGCAGAAGAGUUGGGCAAGCUGCUGCCGGAAGCGAUACAAUCAGUACUCGGUGGUCGAUCGGCGGUAUUGGACGCGCAUCUCGAAGGCCCAGAAGGAAAAUACGGUGGUGGUAAGGGACGACUGGGAUGA